GAAUCGCAAAAGAGCGAACAAGACCAGACACGCCUUCCGACCCAGGCCGAACUCGAUAAAGUUGCUCAAGUAGACAUUUUGGACAAGAAUGGCGACAAGAAGCAGUUCGGCGCACUCUGGAGUCGCCAUGGAGAUAUUCCGCGUCGAACGAUCGUUAUUUUUAUCCGUCACUUCAACUGUGAAUCGUGCGCCGAUUAUGUUCGCGCGCUGUCAAAGGCGUUCUCUCCUGACGAUCUAGCGUCUCGGCCUAUACCCACAAGACUUACUAUUGUGGGCUGUGGCAGUCAUACAUUUAUACCAACUUACCUCGAACGCACUGGCUGCAAAUUUGAGAUCUUUACGGAUCCAUCGCGUGUCACAUAUGACACACUCGGUAUGACCUGCAACCUGGGGAUGGGAAAGAAGCCAGAUUAUAUUGAGAACAGCUUCAUUGGAACACUGAUUGGCACCGCGAACACUUUGAUGACCAUAACCACUUCAUCUGGAAAGAAGAGUCAAAAUGGUGGAGAACUCAUCUGGAUUGAUGGCGAGAUCAAGUUCGCGAGGAGGAUGCAGAACACACGCGAUCAUGUCGAGAUUGAGGAUUUGAAACAUGUAUUG